CUCCCCGCGGCGGCACCGCCACUCUCAACAUGGUAGCUGUUUACCCCGUAUUUCUCCUCCCCUCUCCGCCUCAACUUCCUCGUUGUUUUGAAUAAACUUUAUUGACUACUCUGAAUUGCCUAUCACCGCCACCGGGCUUCUCCCGGCGAUUUUUCGGGCUGUUUUUCUCCAACCGGGCCGCCGGUUCAUCUCCUUCCUCGUUGGUUUGCUCGCGGCGAUCUCCUGCCGGCCCAGCGACGCCGCCGCUUGCCUGUUCGUCAGGCGGCCGCCGGACUAGGCCCGAGCCGCGGGCUCCAGUAGGCCCUAACGGCCGGGCCCGGGGCAGAGCUGUGGAGAAAGCUGCCCUGAAGCACCGCCGGGCGGCCAGGGCCGCGCGACCCAGCGGGUGGCUCGAAACUAAGGCGAGAGAGGUUCGCCGCCUUGCCGUGACGAUCCCAGAAUUCGGUGCGCGCCGCCUGUGGGGCCGGAACUGCCGGCCAAACCUCCGCUGAGCGAGGCGCUGAGCAGCUCCGGAGCGAGCCCGGCCGCCGGCGCUUCGGUGGGACUGAGCUCUGCGGGCGUGAGGAAUCCCUGCGGCUUUGCGGAUGAGGCGGUCCCUGUAGGGUUCCGGACUGAAUACGUUCUUGUCAGGUUUGGGGCGUGAGGAGGUUCCUGUCAGUUUGGGAGGCGUGAAGAGAUUCUCCCUUCGUCCAGAGAGAACGCGUGCUGCCGCCUCCCGCUACCUUUUGACGCUGAGAACCUGGCGCACCGCAGAACACUCCAAGGCCGGGCGAAGAUGGCCUCGGUACCGGUGUAUUGCCUCUGUCGGCUGCCUUACGAUGUCACCCGCUUCAUGAUCGAGUGUGACAUGUGCCAGGACUGGUUUCAUGGCAGUUGUGUUGGUGUUGAAGAGGAGAAGGCUGCUGACAUUGACCUCUACCACUGCCCCAACUGUGAGGUCUUACAUGGGCCCUCCAUCAUGAAAAAACGCCGUGUAUCUUCAAAAGGCCAUGAUACACACAAGGGGAAGCCAGUGAAGACGGGAAGCCCUACGUUCAUUCGAGAGCUUCGGAGUAGGACCUUUGACAGCUCAGAUGAAGUGAUUCUGAAGCCCACUGGAAGUCAGCUGACCGUGGAAUUCCUGGAAGAGAAUAGCUUCAGUGUGCCCAUCCUGGUCUUGAAGAAGGAUGGAUUGGGGAUGACGCUGCCCUCACCAUCAUUCACUGUGAGGGAUGUGGAACACUAUGUUGGUUCUGACAAAGAGAUUGAUGUGAUUGAUGUGACCCGCCAGGCCGACUGCAAGAUGAAGCUUGGUGAUUUUGUGAAAUAUUAUUAUAGCGGGAAGAGGGAGAAAGUCCUCAAUGUCAUUAGUUUGGAAUUCUCUGAUACCAGGCUUUCUAACCUUGUGGAGACACCCAAGAUUGUUCGGAAGCUCUCAUGGGUGGAGAACUUGUGGCCAGAGGAGUGUAUCUUUGAGAGGCCCAAUGUGCAGAAGUACUGCCUCAUGAGCGUGCGGGAUAGCUAUACAGACUUUCACAUUGACUUUGGUGGCACCUCGGUCUGGUACCAUGUGCUCAAGGGUGAGAAGAUCUUCUACCUGAUCCGCCCAACAAAUGCCAACCUGACUCUCUUUGAGUGCUGGAGCAGCUCCUCUAACCAGAAUGAGAUGUUCUUUGGGGACCAGGUGGACAAGUGCUACAAGUGUUCUGUGAAGCAAGGACAGACACUUUUCAUUCCUACAGGAUGGAUCCAUGCUGUGCUGACCCCCGUGGACUGCCUUGCCUUUGGAGGGAACUUCUUACACAGCCUUAACAUUGAAAUGCAGCUCAAAGCCUAUGAGAUUGAGAAGCGGUUGAGCACAGCAGACCUCUUCAAGUUCCCCAACUUUGAGACCAUCUGUUGGUAUGUGGGAAAGCAUAUCCUGGACAUCUUUCGAGGUUUGCGAGAAAACAGGAGACACCCUGCCUCCUACCUGGUCCAUGGUGGUAAAGCCCUGAACUUGGCCUUUAGAGCCUGGACAAGGAAAGAAGCUCUGCCAGACCACGAGGAUGAGAUCCCGGAAACAGUGCGGACCGUACAGCUCAUUAAAGAUCUGGCUAGGGAGAUUCGCCUGGUGGAAGAUAUCUUCCAACAGAACGUUGGGAAGACAAGCAAUAUCUUUGGGCUGCAGAGGAUCUUCCCAGCCGGCUCCAUUCCCUUAACCAGGCCAGCCCAUUCCACUUCAGUAUCCAUGUCCAGGCUGUCACUGCCCUCCAAAAGUGGUUCAAAGAAGAAAGGCCUGAAGCCCAAGGAAUUCUUCAAGAAGGCAGAGCGAAAGGGCAAGGAGAGCUCAGCCUUGGGGCCUGCUGGCCAAUUGAGCUAUAAUCUCAUGGACACAUACAGUCAUCAGGCACUGAAGACAGGCUGUUCCCAGAAAGCAAAGUUCAACAUCACUGGUACCUGCUUGAAUGAAUCAGAUGAUGACUCGCCAGACUUGGACCUUGAUGGGAAUGAGGGCCCGCUGGCCCUGUUGAUGUCUAAUGGCAGUACCAAGAGGGUAAAGAGCUUAUCCAAGUCUCGGCGAGCCAAGAUCGCGAAGAAGGUAGACAAGGCUAGGCUGGUGGCAGAACAGGUGAUGGAGGAUGAAUUUGACUUGGAUUCAGAUGAUGAACUGCAGAUUGACGAGAGACUGGGAAAGGAGAAGGCGACCCUGAUAAUAAGACCAAAAUUUCCCCGAAAGUUGCCCCGUGCGAAGCCUUGCUCCGACCCCAACCGAGUUCGUGAACCAGGAGAAGUUGAGUUUGACAUUGAGGAGGACUAUACAACAGAUGAGGACGUGGUAGAAGGGGUCGAAGGCAAGCUUGGAAAUGGGAGUGGAGCUGGUGGAAUUCUUGAUCUGCUCAAGGCCAGCAGGCAGGUGGGGGGACCUGACUAUGCUGCCCUCACCGAGGCCCCUGCCUCUCCCAGCACUCAGGAGGCCAUCCAGGGCAUGCUGUGCAUGGCCAACCUGCAGUCCUCAUCGUCCUCGCCAGCUACCUCCAGCCUGCAGGCCUGGUGGACCGGGGGGCAGGACCGAAGCAGUGGGAGCUCCAGCAGUGGGCUGGGCACAGUGUCUAGCAGUCCUGCUUCCCAGCGCACCCCAGGGAAGCGGCCCAUCAAGCGGCCAGCAUACUGGAGAACCGAGAGCGAGGAGGAGGAGGAGAACGCCAGUCUCGAUGAACAGGACAGCUUGGGAGCAUGCUUCAAGGAUGCAGAGUAUAUUUACCCUUCCCUGGAGUCUGACGAUGAUGACCCUGCUUUGAAAUCUCGACCCAAGAAAAAGAAGAAUUCAGAUGAUGCUCCAUGGAGUCCUAAAGCCCGUGUGACCCCAACUCUACCGAAGCAGGACCGUCCUGUGCGUGAGGGGACCCGGGUAGCUUCCAUUGAGACAGGCUUGGCUGCAGCAGCUGCAAAGUUGGCCCAGCAGGAGCUACAGAAGGCCCAAAAGAAGAAAUAUAUCAAGAAGAAGCCUUUGUUGAAGGAGGUAGAACAGCCUCGCCCUCAAGAGCCUAAUCUCAGCGUGGCAGUACCAGCCCCAACUCUGGCCGCUACACCCCAACUUCUCACCUCCUCCUCGCCCCUGCCUCCCCCUGAGCCUAAACAAGAGGCCCUCUCAGGAAGUCUUGCUGACCAUGAGUAUACUGCUCGUCCCAAUGCCUUUGGCAUGGCCCAGGCAAACCGCAGCACCACACCCAUGGCCCCUGGUGUCUUCUUGACCCAGCGGCGCCCUUCAGUUGGCUCCCAGAGCAAUCAAGCAGGACCAGGAAAGCGUCCCAAAAAGGGCCUGGCUACAGCAAAGCAGAGACUCGGCCGUAUCCUGAAAAUCCACAGAAAUGGCAAACUGCUUCUGUGAUCCCCUUUGUGUCCUGCCCCUCACCCCUUCACCCCCAUUGCCUUCUCCGUUGUCAAUUCUCGGGGCACUCCUGGAUCCUACCUGCCCCGGACAAGGUGCUGAGGCGCAUUGUCCUGCUUUCUUGGAACUGACCAAAGGCACGGACUCUCCCAUGGGCCCCUUCACCUACUCCCUCAACUCCCUUCCCCACUUCCACUGGAGCAUCCUGCCUUCCUUUUUCAUAUCUCUGAGUAGCCAGUAAAUGGGAGAGGUUUCCAGCUGA